AUGGAGAUGAUGGCGCAGAAGACGGCGUCGACGCACAGGUCGGUGUUCCACAGGCACACGCACCAGUUCGACAUCGUCGGCUACAGCGUGCGCACGGCGCUCGGCAUCAGCAACUCAGUCCGGUCAUGCGCCUUCGAGGCGGGAGGCCACAUCUGGGGCCUCGUCUGCUGCUUCGAACCACGAAAGCUCGAGUCCAUCUGCCUCGAGCUGCUGAGCACUUCCAUCACCAGGGACGUUGUCGCCAUGGCCAGCCUGAGGAUCGACGAUCCGAUUCCGACCGGUGCCGGGAGGUGGCCGACGGCGGCCGUCUGGCGAAGCCACGAGCCUCACACGUUCCCGGCGUGUUCUUCUGCUUCCAGUACGACCAGGACCUGGAGGCUGUCGGUGCCCGACGCUUUCAAAGAGGCGCGCUACGUGCACGACGACCGGCUCACCGUCCACUACACGUCGCGGUGGCCGCCGGACGUCACCUUGGUCGUCGAGGGGGCCGAGAUCCCGGCGCACAAGCUCGUGCUCUCCAUGCGGUCGCCGGUCUUCAGGGCCGAGUUCCAGGGGAGCAUGAAGGAGAGGUUCACGCGCAGCGUCAGGAUCGACGGCAUGAGCGCCUCGACCUUCAGCGCGAUGCUCCGCUUCAUCUACACCGACGAGUUGCCGAGGAAGCCCAAGGCCGUCGCCAGCCAGGACCCGUGCACGAGCAAGCACAUGGCGAAGCGCCGCGCGGCCAUGGCUGGCCGCGGACAGAGCAUCGACGCCACGACUGUUCUGCCGACGAUGGCGCUGGUGGACGGCCGGUACAGCUGCCGGCAGCUCGAGGCCUCCUGCAUCGAGUACCUGGCGUCCGGUCCCGACACGUUCGCCGCCGUGCUGGCGACGCCGGAGUACCGACAGCUCCGGGAGAGCAGCGUUUCCUUCGUAGCCGACAUCGCCGAGAAAGUUGCCAUGCACAUGCUGGCCUGCACCUGCCCGUCGUCGUCGGCGACCACCAGCAGCGUCCGUCCGAAGAGGAGCUGGUCUGUCUGCACCGCGGCGGCGGCCCGCGGCACGCACGAGUUCAGGAUCCCUAACCUGAGCACGGUGCUGAUGACCAAGCCUGAUGUCGGCCACUCCAUCUACUCUGGCACCUUCCAUGUCGGCGGUUACGAUUGGCGGUUGCACUCAAGGUGUCGGAACCCAAAGAGCACCUAUCUGUGUAUCUCCAACUGUUGA